AAUGGCGCACACCCCGAGCACUGAAGGAAAAGUGCCACGAAACGUGCUACCAAAGGGGGCUGGACGAAUUGCCAGGCAGGAGGCGGGCGACAGCGGCGAUCUCCUCUCCAAGCACCAGCAAGGAAUCCAACCUUCCUUUUUCAGUGAUGCUGCAAGAGGCCACCUAGGAGGGUUACAGGCCUGUGCAGGGUUUACAUCGUUCACCCCAAAGCCUCCCCGCAAGCCUCCAAGGUUGGAGCGAACGUCAUCUCUCGAUGAACUGAUUUGGCAGCGGCAGCGGCUCUUGAGGAUGAGCCAAGACAGCUUGACGGAUCCCUCGGAGACGGGCUCCUCCAGUGGAUCCCUCCAAGGGGAAGGUCCCGUGGGGCAGAGGGUAGCCUCCGGGAGCAGUCAUCACUGUGACCAGGAAUCUCUGCACAGCUCAGAGGCUCACCACACCAGGCAGGACAAGUUUAGCCUGUCAGACUCGCAUGGGAAGUUGUCCAAAGUGACGCCCACCCAUGCUCCACCCCCUUUGGAGAUUGACGGCUCCUUUCCUUCUCUGAGGACAACUAAUAGGAUCGACCCGGAUUGUGGGGAUUACAGACUCCGUUCCCAAAGCUUCUUUCCGAGGGUGGGCAGCAGCUGGAGCGACACCCAGCUGCAUAGCCGUGGAAUGCUUUGCGAUGGCUGCUCCCUCGCCCCCUCCCUGAAGUCCACCCUCAGCCUUCUGACCCCUAUCCGUGUCAGGGAUGUGCGGAACAGAAGUUACUUGGAAGGCAGCCUUCUGGCGAGUGGAGCGCUGCUGGGGGCAGAAGAACUGAACCGGUAUUUCCCUGACCGGAGCAUUGGCAUCUUCAUAGCCACCUGGAACAUGCAGGGCCAAAAGGAACUCCCUGAGGUGCUGGAUGAUUUCCUGCUGCCUCCAGGCCCGGACUUUGCUCAGGACAUGUAUGUGAUAGGGAUCCAAGAAGGCUGCCCAGAUAGGCGGGAGUGGGAGAUUCGCUUGCAGGAGACGCUCGGCCCCCAUUAUGUCAUGCUGUAUGCGGCAGCCCACGGAGUGCUGUACACGUCAGUCUUCCUGCGAAGGGACCUCAUCUGGUUCUGCUCCGAGGUGGAAUUUGCCACAGUGACAACCCGCAUCGUGUCUCAGAUCAAAACCAAGGGCGCCCUCGGAGUCUGCUUCACCUUCUUCGGCACCUCCUUCCUUUUCAUCACCUCCCAUUUCACAUCUGGAGAUGGCAAAGUGUACGAGAGGGUGCUGGACUAUAGCAAAACCAUCCAGGGUCUUGCACUGCCUAAAAACAUUCCAGACACCAACCCCUAUCGCUCCAGUCCCUCGGAUGUCACUACGCGCUUUGACAAUGUCUUCUGGUUCGGAGACUUCAAUUUCCGCCUGAACGAGGAUUGGGAGGUGGUGGAGCAGAUCCUCAGCCAAGGUCUGGAGACGGACAUGUCUGAGCUGCUGCAGCACGACCAGCUGCUUAAGGAAAUGGCCAGCGGUUCAAUUUUUAAGGGGUUCCAGGAGGCCCCUAUCCUUUUCCGUCCUUCCUACAAGUUUGAUGUUGGGGCAGACACCUACGACACUGCCUCCAAGCAAAGGACUCCUUCCUACACGGAUCGUGUGAUGUACCGGAGCCGUCACAAGGACGAUAUCCAUGUUGUGAAAUAUUCUUCCUGUCUGGGGAUCAAAACAUCGGACCACCGGCCCGUAUACGGGUUAUUUCGUGUCAAAGUGAGACCUGGGAGAGACAACAUCCCACUGGCUGCAGGCCAGUUUGACCGCGAACUCUAUUUGAUUGGCAUCAAGAGACGCAUCACAAGGGAACUUCAGAAAAAGCAAGCUCUAAAGGACCAGAAAUCCAGCGCUGUCUGUUCUGUUUCCUGACCUUAAAAGGCCACCCUGAGGAGUUCCGAGCCAGAUGCAAGAGGAGCUUCUGACAGCUUGCAGCAGCAAAGGGACUUGUGGCAGAGCGUUGGGGCCCAUUGCAGCCAGGUCUUCGGAACCGUCUUGCCACUGCUGUGACUGGAAACAUGAGGGAAUGGCCCAAUGGUGAAGGUGACUGGCUGUUUAAAUGGAUUUGAUUGCGAGAAGGCAACAGGCCUGUCUAGUGGCUGGGGGGGUUGCAUAGGUUGAGAUGCUCCAGUGGCCCUUUUGUGCAUUAAGACAUCUUAGUUCUUGCAAGGUGCCUGGGGGGACCAGCUUGGGAACAAAGGAACAUUCUGCAUUCAGCUUCAUUUGUGUGUUUCUUCCUUCUCCACUUGCAGCCAGAAAGCUGAAUAAGCAGAAACAAGCUGAGUGUUUUGCCACCUUAAGUCACUUGAAAGCACCUUGUUUUCUGAAUUCUAGAAAGAACAGUCCCCAUUUGAAAUGUGGCCAUUUAUUUUUGAGGUUGACGUGCCAGCGAGGUCAUUGGUGUCACACAGUAACUAUGACUGUUUGAUCUGGACUGCUGGACGGGCCUCAGUUUCCCCCCCUUAUUCCUAGAUCUGGAGAAGCAGCUUUCCUCUGGGUCUGUUUCCCCCUCUUCCAUCGUUAAUUAGUGUUAAGAGACAGAAUGCACACUGGUUUAAUUGGACAAAGAGCACAAGAAUCUUUCUGGCUGGCUGCAAAAAUCAGUAUUCUGAACUGCAAGAUCAAAUUUUGGCUUGUGAAAACAGUGGCUUGUGCAAAGCAAGGUUACAGGAACGUUCCGAGUUUGGUUUUGCCUUUUCCUGAUGUUUGGUUGCUUGUUAUUGCUCUGGUCUGUGUUUGUGUCCAGAAUUUCUUUUAAGAAAUAAAACAAGAGCCAGAUUUUUAAAAAAA